AUGCCGUUAAGUUGGGAGAAUGAAAAACAGAAACUGGCAACACUGAUAAGACGAAAAAAUAUGGCGUCAUUUGGCGAGCGUCCGUUCUCGUGCGAGGAGUGCGGCGCGAGGUUCACUCAGCGCUCGAACCUGCACUCCCACCGCCGCGCCACGCACUACAACGACACCAGGCACCACUGUACCCUCUGUCCCAAGAAGUUCAAGCGGAGGAGGUUACUAGAGUACCACAUAAAGGCGACGCACACGGGCGAGCGUCCCCUGAAGUGCAACGUGUGCCAACUGUCCUUCGUGUACCCCGAGCAUUACAAGAAACAUGUCCGCAUACACUCCGGGGAGAGGCCCUACGUCUGCGAGAUUUGCGGCAAAUCGUUCAACUCUCGCGACAACCGAAACACGCACCGCUUCGUGCACAGCGACAAGAAACCUUACGAGUGCGUCGCCUGCGGGGCUGGGUACAUGAGGAAACAACUGCUCUACGCCCAUAUGAAUACCAGCGGAACUAGUUCGCAUGCAACGGAUAUAACUGACCUGGACACAAAAACCAGUAAAUUCGAUGCGAUAUUCGAGGCACAGACUGAAUUGGAGGCUAGCAUCAAGUCCGUGAAAUCAGAAGCUGACGUGAAUUUAGAAGAUGCCAAAUUCUAUAUUACUGAAGAUAAGAAAUUAAUAUUGCAGGAUAGUGAUAAAACGACAUUGAAUUUAAUACAAGAAGGAGACGAGUCUACGCUUUUAACUAUACAAGCUGUCAAUGCUGACCAAUUGUCUGAACAGACUGAAAUCGUAGCUAAUGAUGAGAAUGGAGGCAUGGUGCGACUGAUCCAAAUCAAAUUACCUGACGGUAACAACGGAUGGGUGGCAAUCAAUCGCUGA